UCAGCGCUGCAUGCACAUGACGUGUGUGUGUGGGGACACGUGGAUGUAGUAGGGGGCGGCGCCGCGGAUAAGCCGCAAACAGGCCCCGCCCCCCGGUGACGCCAUCACUCGGCGUGGAGCGUGCACACAUGUCGGGCCGGUACAAGGAGCUGGAGUACUGGGACUCCCGGUACCAGGAGGAGGAGCGCCUACUGACCGCCGGGCACGAGUGGUUUGGGGAUUACCAUGAUUUCGCCCACCUGGCGAGGAGAGAGCUGCGGCCCGGGACCAGAGGACUUGUGCUCGGAUGUGGUACGAGCUCGCUGAGCGCUGCGCUGCACAAGGAAGGCGUGAGACCUCUCGUCAGUAUUGAUUACUCCCCAGUAUGUAUCAAGGAGAUGGCACAGAGACAUGCCAAUGUAGCAGACAUGACCUGGAUGGUCAUGGACGCACGCCACCUUCAGUUUCCGGAUGGAACGUUUGACCUGGUUAUUGAAAAGGGGACGCUGGAUGCUAUGAUGGUGGAUGAGAAAGAUCCAUGGAGAGUUACCAAGGACACCAUUACUCUUGUGGACAAGGUGCUAAGUGAGGUUAGUCGGGUCCUCGCCCCUGGCGGAUGCUUCAUGUCGGUCACCUUCUCCCCUCCACACUUCCGCACCCGUCACUACGCACAGCCUCAGUAUGGCUGGUCUGUGUCAUGUGACUUUUAUGGUAGAGACUUCCAUUAUUUUUUCUAUACUAUGCACAAAGGCGGGCAGUUGACAUCUUUGGACCUUCAGAGGGGACAGAGUCUUUAUAAGUCACACGCGGACCUGGAGCAAACGCCAACUCUUCUAGAAGGCGAUGAUGAAGAUUUUCUUAAUAACAUCCAUAUAUGAACGAAGCAGCAUGCUGGUUAUUGGACCUGGAUGUGUGAUGUAAAGAGGCAAUGGUUUGUAUAGAAGAAAAUCAGCCGGGUCCCUUCAGCGGUUAACCACCAUUUCGUCAUUAUUUUAAUAAGAAAUAUGUCUACUAUACAUUUAGCGAUUUUUGAACGUUUAGUACAGAAGAGCACAUGUUAAUGUCGCUUCUUCUUUGAACAGCUGUCUGUAGGAUUUAUUAGCCGUAAUCCUCUGCUUAGCAUUUAGUUAUGCAAAUCCAAAUUCAGAGGAAGUUGUAAGUUGUCAAGGAUUUAUUAAUACACUUAUAGGGUCAUUUAUCAAACUGGUGUAA